AAAUUUUGAGCACGUGGUGUUGUUUAUAAAAUGUUUCCGUAUGGAGUUGCGUUUCCUAAAGUUAUAUUUUCAAGUUCUUAAUAAUUUUUGUGUAGUUAGGGUAGGAAUUAAUAAUUAGUUAACAUGUUUAUAAAUAAAGGAUAGUGUGUAUAAAGUCUUGAAAAAUAUUUAGUUAACAUUUUCUGUCCCAGGUUUAAUCAAUGCCGUAAAGUCGUCUAAAUUUAUAAAUCGAAAGAUGGUUAGUUUUUAAUGUGGAGUUCAAAAGAAAAUAAUGGACUAUGGAGUUUCUGUCAGAGUUUUCGAAGCGGCUGGACAGUGAUGGGGAGCCGCUCGCGAAGCGGCUGUGCCUGGCGCAGCGAGCCUUCCACUCUGCGGCGCUGGCCGUGCCCCUGAAGGAGGAGCUGAUCCUCGGCUGGCUCAGCGGGGCCGACCGGUCCUCGGAGGACGUGUGGCUCGCGCUGCAGUCGUGCCUCUCCGCCGACCACCUGACCUGCCUGAGUCCCGCGGUCGCAUCCUCCGUGGUGAAGAUGGUUUGUGAAGGACUGAACAGUGACAUGGUCAAGAGUACUCGUCAAGUAGUUUACUCAUGCGCACACAAAGUUCUGGACAGCAGUGUAUUUCAGUGGAGUUUGAAGAAAUGUGUCCAAGAAUACUUGGACAUAAUAGUGGCCAUUUUUGAGGAGGUUGAAGAUCAUAAGUCAUUUCUAAAAAUUGUAGCUUGUGUGAAGGGAUACCACAACAGUUUGGUAGAUAACAAGGAUGAAUUUGUGAAAGGGUUUGUAAAGCGCGCCCUGUUUCCUUUGCUGAAGUUGUUCGACGACAUUUCCUCUACACUGCUCGUGACGGAGAAGGCCACAGAUCUCAGGACCACAUUGGUGACUCUUUUGCAGCAGAUCUUGUUUCCAGAACAGGAGAGCAGUAGCCAAGUACAAUUCAUCAGCCACUUGUUUGGUAAUGAAGGAGAAAACGUGCCUUGUGAUAAAAACUCAGUACUGCCUCUGGUAUUUUCAGAGUUGCAUGCUGCACUGAACCAAUAUCCAAAGUCUUUAAGUGUUACCGGUUACUGCAUUGUAUUCCAGUCGUUCAUCUGUAUGCAUAACACGAACCAUGCAGUCAUUGUAAAGUUUCUUAGAGUUCUUUUCUACCUUGUUGGUUUCAAGUCGAAAUUCCUGAACAAAGUUGAAGAAAACACUCUUGAGCUGAACGAGCCUGUCAUGAAAGAGAUAUCAAAGCCAGCUAAACGCAAGGCUGUGUCGUACGCUGUUGUCAGCGGCUUGGUGAAAACACUCACAGACGUCAGUUUUGUGCUGGAAGGCGAAUGCGAGAUGUCGUUGAUGAACGUGCUGGUAGGUUUGUGCGUGUCGUCGACACAGAAGUCAAAGGAGCAAAGUGUGUGUGCAGAGUUUCUGAAAAUGUGCUCAUCCGUGAUCUACUACAGCCCUGUGACCAUGGCUCCGAAACUAUUUGACUUCUUGGUGCCAGUAAUGCUGAUUAAAAAAUGUGAUGAUGUUGAGGUUAGUUAUGCAUAUCUUGAGUUCUUGCACUGUGUCUUGGAGGUGUUCUUCAAACUUUCGCGUGUGUACAAGCUGUUUACGAAGUUGCUUCCUUUACUCAGAGAUGCUUUAUCAGUUGAAAACAACGCUGAUUUGGUCUUGGAUGAUGUCGUUCCGAGAGAUUUCUGUAAACAGCUGUGCCUGAAAGUAAUGGUACUUCCUAGUGCACAGAUCUUCAGUACCAUAAAAUGUUUUUGUUACCAUUUAAAAGAAGACUUCGACAACCCAUUGGUUCAGAAAAAAUCAGGCAGCGCGUCCCGGCUGUACCUGCAGGUGCUGGAGAGCCUGGUCUGCACGUUCCUGCGGGGCGUGAAGGUGGCCUGCCACAGCGUGCCGGCCCUGGUCGCGUCCACCUUCGCCCGCCAUCUCGCCGAGCUGGAGGGGACGCUCUCCGGCUACGCUGCAGCUCUGCUCGCCCGUCCGUGCGAGGACUGGGAGCUGGCGGCUCUGCUGGGGAUGUGCCACAGCGUGGGAGAGGUGCACCUGCUCUUGGCCAACUACCGGCCCGGAGCCCGGAGCGCGGGCCUGGGGUGGGCGGACUCCGGCACCUACGACAUGGCGGGGCUCCACCCCUACAUCGCCGGCGACCUGUGGCAGGCCAUCCACGGGAGAGUGAGCAGCUGCAAGGGGCAGAGUGCCGCCAAGGAUAAACUGGAUGAGCUGCUGCUUCAGAAGCUGGCGGCCCUGCAGCUGCUGGGCGGAGCCGAGGACACCCGCCCUCGGCAGGCUGGGAUCACGGCCCACCUGGCGUCCCUGGCGUCGCCGCACUCCGCGUGGCUGGCGCCCGGCCUGCCGCUGCUGUCGCCGCUGCUGGACGGACGCCAGCUGCUGUCCCUGGCCCGGACGCUCCUGCUGGACCCACCCGCGCCCCUGCACAGGUUCCUGCGAGACGACGCAAAAGUGAUUGAAACAUUGGUUUGGGUGUGCGUGGAACAAAUAGGAAGCAAAUUGGCUCAGUGUCUUUCUGACGAAACAGGAUCAUUUCCUUUCCGGUCUCAAGAAGAGCUCACCAUGUAUUUUCUGAAAAGAUUUUCAUGCGGCGAGAGAAGUGAAGAUUCUCUCUCGCCGCUGCUGACAAGCCUAGGCAGAGUGGUCACUGCGGCCUGCGAAGGAGGCAGUGUUUUCCAGUCGGACAGCCUGAAGCUCGUCGAAGUGCAGAUGCUGGAGCAGCACGUGGGUGUUCUGAAGGCCCUCCCAGUGAGGUUCCUGUCUGUGGACGUCCAGAGAUUGGUGGCUCUCACUGCUGUUUUGUUGGCAGAGUGCCUGCGCAAGAUUGACCCCGAUAGUCCGCUCAUAGGUGUUCUCUGCGGAGAUGUACUUCUAGGUUUGGUGGAGGGUAGCAAGGCCUUGAACCUAGGUGCCAGCGUGGGGAUUGGCUCGUUGGCUUGCCGGCUGCUCGACGCGGGUGCUCUUCUCAACAAGCUUAGGCAGAGGCUGUUGUUCCACCGGCUGUUUGCCAUCCACUUCCUGCACGACGGAGCAUUAGAGGACUUGCAGCCCUUCCUCCGCCGUCUGACUGCAGCCGACAGCCCUCUCGAUGCUUCGCUCGGAGCUCUGUCCGCACUCCUCUUCUCGCUGCACAAGCUCAAUAGAGAGCAGAUUGUCAAGAAUGAGACAUUUCUGCAGGAGGCCGUACUUAUGCCAGCUUGUGAGAUCGUAGCAACAGUGAAAGCAGAGCAUUGUGAGCAGGAUAGUGCCAACCUGGAAGUCUUUGCCAACAUCCUCAGCUUGGAACUGAAGAUGACUAAGUUUGUUGUGAUUAAACAACACCUCUCAAAAUUCAUCACUAUUGCGUUAGCAGGACUUCACAUUCGAAAUGAUGGGCAGGUGCAUAAUUGCACAGUAUUCAUAAAGUUGCUGUUGCAACACCGUGAGAAGCUUACUGAGUUUCUUCCUAAGGACUUUGUUGUCUCUGUUUGGACUGCAUCAAGCACACACGUUAGUGAACAGUUGGGAAGAUUGGUACUAGAGGCUGCGUCCGAUGAAGAGUUUGACACGAUCCUCACUAGUCUGCUUCAGAAGACUCGUGAUAGGCUGAAUAGCCAGUCGGCCAACAGCAUUCUCAUGAUGUGGUGGCAGAGUGUGGUCAUCUCAUCCCUAGCAUCUGGCAAGUCUGCCAUCAGACAGACAGCGGUAGAGAGGCUGUGUGAGUCGUUGUUGGCCAGUCUGGACCACUGUUAUGAAGGCAUAGUUGAGAUCCUAAAAAUGGAAGAAGCAUUGAUUUCUAACCCACAGGUUCGCAUGGUGCCUCACGUGGCGGACCUGUGCCUGCUGAGCGUUUCGUCCGUCCCCUCGCCCGUCGUGGAGGAGCGCUUCCCCGAGGUGUGGCCCGCCAUGCUGUCCGUGCUCCACCAGCUGCACACCCACCGCCCCGCCUGGCUGUGGGACCGGCUGCCCGGCACGCUGCAGUGCUACCGGCGGCUGUUCUCCGCCCUCGCGCAGCUGGCAGACGUCGGCCGGAGCCCCUCGCCCCUGGCGGCGGGGCAGGUGGCCACCGGCGCCCUGGGGCUCACCAAGUUCACGGACUCUCUUGUUGGUUCAAAACAACAUUUGAAGAGGGUAUGUCCAUAUAUCAUAGCAGACAUGCUACAUGAAAUGGACAUUCAUAACAUCCAUCCAUCUGUUAAGGUACAUUUCCAAAACUGUAUCAACUGCCUGCUGUCCAUGAGUGAUGAGAAUGAAGUCAUGUUCUUGCUGCGAACCCUGAAACCAGCCGACCGCGAGCUCUUCAAGUCCUUGUACCAGAAAUACAAGAAGCAUUUCCAGUUUACUGGCAAGAUUUAACUCGGCAUUUCUUUGUGUAACGGUCAUAUAUCUUCCAGGCAUCCUCUGUUGCCUAAAAAACAAAACCCUGAUGCAAAAUGGCAUUUGCAAACAGCAUAAAAACUGCAAAUGUGUAGGUGGUAAGCACAUUCUGUAAAGUUUUGAUAAUUUAAGAGUCACUACCAAAAACACCUGCCAGUCAACGCAUACUCUUCUUAGAAUUUAGCCUCAAACCUUGGUGUGUGUGAUAUCCAUUGUUGGCACCCAUGUUCUGCACUGUGUUUGUUAAAAGUUUAAAUUCGUAUUCACAUUCACGUGACUAAACAAAUUUCUUAUAAUAUGUUACAUGCAGAGAAAUUAUCUCUGAUAAAUAUUACCUAUUCUUUAAAAACUUAUUUAGCAAGUUAGUUUUGAAAAUCUGGAAAUAUAAAGUGUUUUAUCAGGCACCAUUUUUUUAUAGUUUAGAAUUAAUUCGGAUACACAAGAACAUGUUUCGAUUAUAGUAGGCAUUGAAAUAAAAUAAUAAGAAUUCAAAAAA